UGACGUAUUAUUGUAAUUUUUAAAUUUAAUUGGUUCUUUUUAAAAAACACAUUAUGAUGAGAAAUACUCUCAUUUUGUCUUGUAUAAUAUAUUUAUCUGGGGCGUAUGCAGAUUUCAAUGAGUGGAAUGGUAAUGGGCGAAGUCAGGAUAGGAUGUUGGAGAGAAAAUGGUUUUGGCAAUCCAAUGAAAAGUCUAAUUCUAACGUGUCCCAGCAAAAAGAUAUAAGACCGAGAACGAGAAAUCCAAAUUUAAAAAGAAAUACUAUUAGAGAUCAAAGAUUACUUCCCUUAUUUACUGUGGUGAAAUUUGACAACAAUCUCUGUAUUGGAAAUACUGGUGAAAAUGGAACAUGUAUUUCAUCUCUAGAAUGUUCACAACGAAGAGGAAUUUCCAAUGGAAUAUGCGCCAAUGGGUAUGGAGUUUGUUGUUUUGUCUCUGUAACUUGUGGACAUACAACAAUUGACAAUAAUACUUACUUUGUAAACACUCAUUAUCCUGGAACAUCUGAUGGUACCGAAUCUUGCCAACUUACUGUUCUUAAGUCACAUCCAGAUGUUUGCCAAUUUAGACUAGAUUUUGAGCAAUUCAACAUUAGAGGGCCUGAAACAUUGAACAAUCUUUGCACAUACGAUCAAUUUAUUGUGUCGGGAGGCAACCCGGUGCCUCCAAUUUGUGGAAACAACAACGGAAACCAUAUGUACAUUGAUGUUGGAAACGGACAAACUAAUCCGGUAACUAUUUCCUUCGUAACGAGUGGGACAGGAUUUGAUCGAUCUUGGAAGGUACGAAUAUCACAAAUUCCUUGUAGCAGUAUCUAUCGAUCUGAAGAGGGCUGUCUGCAGUACUUCACCGGGGUUUCGGGACAAAUUAAAUCUUUCAAUUAUGAGCCAGUGACUGGGUUGCAGUUGUCGAAUCAAGACUACAGUGUAUGUAUACGCAUGGAGAGAAAUUUUUGCGGCAUACAAUACAUGGCGUGUCCUGAAGGAAUGGUGCAAGUAACAUCAGGAACCGCACCUAAUGCGCCUCAGAGUUUGAGAAAUAAUGCAUUUUCAUUGACGGGGAAUGUAUUAAGUGGACAAGUGGCAGCAACAACAGGUCAGAAUUGUCAGACAGAUUGGUUGAUGAUACCUUGCGCAACUAGUUCAGGAAGACUGCCAAUGGCACCUUUAAUGUGUGUCGAUAGAAUAUGCGGUGGUGUUUUCAACACGGAGGCUUCAACAAAUUCUUCGACUAUCAUUAGUACCGUGAAACCUUUCCGUUUAGUUUUUCAUACGGAUGGUACAGAAUCUCCCAAUGACGUCGGCAACAAAGGUUUUUGUCUUAAUUAUGUCCAACAGCCUUGCACAAUGAAAUUGCGGUAAAUAAAGUGCCGUUUGUAAAUUUGUAUAAAAACCGUGAUAGAUCUUGUAUUUUUUAUUUAGGUCUUUAAUUAAUAAUGAUUAUAGUUUAGAAUAAUAAUAGUUCAUUUUAAGUUAUUAUUUAAAGAUUUAAUGACUUCUGAUGUAAAUUGUUCAAGUUGUAAAAAAAAAACUCAGAAAAGUAGUUUUUCAGCAUAACUCAAUGGACAUUAAAUUAUAAAUAAGUAUUUGUAUACUUGAGGUAAAAGAUGAUAUAUUUCACAGUGUUCAUCAUAUCUACAUCGUUGAAAAGUUAUUCAAUGACUUUAUAAUUAUUAUAGUUUUUAAAACGCUAUCAUUAUAAUUGUUUCAAAUGAAAAUAACUUAUAUAAUAUACAUAUAUGUAUUUACACUCUACAGAGUACAUUACAUGAAUAUACAGUGAUUUCCCAUGAAAAAUUAUAAAGGCUUUUGACUUUGGUUAUUUUUUUGGAGCGUAGAAUUCACAAAGAAUAAUGCACAUACGCAGUUCUAAUAAUUAAAAAGAGUUUCUGAUAUAUGUAUAUACAUAGAUACUCAUCAUCCCUAUUGGUGAGCAAGAUACAUAAAUGUAUACCCCUAAGUUAAAAUGUGGAUAAGUGAAAAUAAAAGAGGUGCCCUUAUUGAAACAUUUACAAUCUUCUUAAAGAUUUCACAUUCAAUUUUCUGAAGCAUAUUUUAUAAUUGGACAGUUUUAUUUAUCUACAUUUUAACAUAGGAAGCAAAUUU